AUGGCCAACUUAAGACAACAACCUUCAUCCUUUCGACGUUCGCUCCUCGGUUUCAUCCAGGCGGUAUUUGCCCUUGCUCUGUUUGCCAUAUUUGUCAUCGUCUGGUUAGUGCAGGGCGGGUCGAUUCCUCUCCCCGAAUGGGCAAAAGCGUGGAACGGCGUCUCGCCUGAACUACAAAGGACUUAUGCCGCUGCUCUAGUCCCAGCGGUGUGCAUUCUAGCGGUGCUCUUCAUCGGGGACUCGCUACCGCUGCCGGUGCCGAAGAUGGGGGAAAAGGUCGACCGAAACCAAGUUGUCCACACGUGA